CCAGCUCCGCCCCGCGGCGGGGGACCAGGCUACCUUGGCCCGUCCGCGCUGCCGUCUUUUCCGGCAGUUGGGGCGCUUCCUGUUGUCCUGUCCCGCAACUGCCCCUCGGCCCCUGCAGAGCCCCUUAGCGGCUCCUCCCCUCUGGUCUGCUGGCUGCUGCCGCUCGGGCUUCGCCCGUCUGUACGUCGAGAUCGCUGGCGGGGCCGGCGUCUGCGGCUGUCCGUCGCCCCCAGCCUUCCCCGAGGCUCUGCAGCCAUGGCAAUGACGGGCUCAACACCUUGCUCCUCCAUGAGUAAUCACACAAAGGAAAGGGUGACAAUGACCAAAGUGACACUGGAGAAUUUUUAUAGCAACCUUAUUGCUCAACAUGAAGAACGAGAAAUGAGACAAAAGAAGUUAGAAAAAGUGAUGGAAGAAGAAGGCCUAAAAGAUGAAGAGAAGCAACUCAGGAGAUCAGCACAUGCUCGAAAGGAAACAGAGUUUCUUCGUUUGAAGAGAACAAGACUUGGACUGGAAGAUUUUGAGUCCUUAAAAGUAAUAGGCAGAGGAGCAUUUGGUGAGGUGCGGCUUGUUCAAAAGAAAGACACAGGGCAUGUGUAUGCAAUGAAAAUACUACGUAAAGCAGAUAUGCUUGAAAAAGAGCAGGUUGGCCACAUUCGUGCGGAGCGUGACAUUCUAGUGGAGGCAGACAGUUUGUGGGUUGUGAAAAUGUUCUAUAGUUUUCAGGAUAAGCUAAACCUCUACCUAAUCAUGGAGUUCCUGCCUGGAGGGGACAUGAUGACGCUGUUGAUGAAAAAAGACACCCUGACAGAAGAAGAGACUCAGUUCUAUAUAGCAGAAACAGUAUUAGCCAUAGAUUCCAUUCAUCAGCUUGGAUUCAUCCACAGAGACAUCAAACCAGACAACCUUCUCCUGGACAGCAAGGGCCAUGUGAAACUUUCUGACUUUGGCCUUUGCACAGGACUAAAAAAAGCACAUAGGACAGAAUUUUAUAGGAAUCUGAACCACAGCCUCCCCAGUGAUUUCACUUUCCAGAACAUGAAUUCCAAAAGGAAAGCAGAAACCUGGAAAAGAAAUAGACGUCAGCUAGCCUUCUCCACAGUAGGCACUCCUGACUACAUUGCUCCUGAAGUGUUCAUGCAGACCGGGUACAACAAGCUCUGUGAUUGGUGGUCGCUUGGGGUGAUCAUGUAUGAGAUGCUCAUCGGCUACCCACCUUUCUGUUCUGAGACCCCUCAAGAGACAUAUAAGAAGGUGAUGAACUGGAAAGAAACUCUGACUUUUCCUCCAGAAGUUCCUAUUUCUGAGAAAGCCAAGGAUCUAAUUUUGAGAUUCUGCUGUGAAUGGGAACAUAGAAUUGGAGCCCCUGGAGUUGAGGAAAUCAAAAGUAAUUCUUUCUUUGAAGGCGUUGACUGGGAACAUAUCAGAGAGAGACCUGCUGCAAUAUCAAUUGAAAUCAAAAGUAUUGAUGAUACCUCAAACUUCGAUGAAUUUCCAGAAUCUGAUAUUCUUAAGCCAACAGUGGUAACAAGCAACCACCCUGAGGCUGACUAUAAGAACAAAGACUGGGUCUUCAUCAAUUACACCUACAAGCGCUUCGAGGGCCUGACGGCACGGGGGGCAAUACCUUCCUACAUGAAAGUGGCAAAAUAGUGUCCCAGAAGCUGGCCUGACUGGAGCAGAGUUUUUUGUACAACACCAUAGUUUUCCUCUUGCACUCUUUUGGAAGAGCUUCCAAGAAGUUUAUGAAACCCACUGAUACAUCAUGGUAAACUCCUGAAAUGUAAUAGUGUGGAUUCUCUUCAUCAUGCAUCUGAAGAUCUGUAGAACAAAGACAGCCAUUUCUGCUGCAUUGUCAUAAACAGCUGUCCUGCUUCUUUAGAAGUAUCAUGAGCCAAUUUGAUAGAUGUUUUAAAAAAACUUGAGUUUUCCUAAUACGUUCAUCAGAACGAAGGGGAAAAAAAAGUUUGAUUGUAACAUAAACUUACUGAAUAUCUGCCAAUUCCUGUGAUUUUGUGAUAUGCUUUCUGCCAAACCCACCAAGUAUUUCUUUUUUCUUUACAGCUGAAAGUUCCAUGUACUAAGGAAAUAAGCAAUAACGAAGCCUCAGCAGCCAGCAUUCUGGCUAAAGGAAAUGAUCUGCCAUCCCUUGAGGGGGUGGUGGUGGUAGUUUCUCCCCAUACCUCGGCCUCCGCAAGUGACUUUUAAUACCCUCCAUUCAUGGUGCACUUUAUUUAUGGUACUAGGAUAAAGACCCUCAAUCCAUUGAUUUAUCUCUUCCCACCUAUCUAAAAUACUCAUGCUGCUUUUCUGAGUGUUGAUGGGAUGUAGUCGGUCCAUGUUGCUCUUAGAAGGCCCAGAAAGCCAGUGGGCAUUGCCAGGGUGUCCUGAUCACAUGGAAAACGCUUUCUCUUCAGGGCUAUAUCAGAAAAUCCCUAAGAGUUGUCAUGGACCAGCAAUACCCAAAAGCGCUGCCAACAGGAAUGCGGAUUUUUCCUGGGAACACGGCAAGGAGUCCAGGCAGACAGGAGGUGUAGAACCCUCUUGGUUAAGGUGCUGCUCCUGCUCAGCCUCCAGAGCCUCCUUCGAAGCGGUGAAGGAACCAGCCCAACAGAAAGUGCAGAGCCACCUACACGUCCUUGCAAAAGUUCACUCCUCAAUCCUUGGUGCAACUGUGUUUUGUCUCUGACAUUUUCCCCUCCAAACCUUAACGAUUUUGCCUUGGGAUCCCGAUUACCAGUUUGUCCUCUGCAGAUGCCUUCCUGGGGAUGCCCCUCUCCACCCUGAAGGGGGGCUUACAGCUUGGGCUGACCAGGCCUCUCUGCUGUGGCAUUCCCUCAUGAGGGAUGCUCUGAAUUUUAGCACAAAGUGCCUUCUCUUGAACAGCUGCCAUCAUCUUUAGAGGAAUUUUGCUUCAUCAGAAAAAUGUGGAGUCUCCAUAUUAAUGCAUCAUUUCUUUUAAAAGUUUUGGUAACUCUUAAAAGCAUCAUUUGCACCUAUGUGGUAAUUUUGCCUGUUGUAGAGUGUCACAGCCAAGCCUCAGCUGGGAGACUGCUUUCUGCCAAUCUUGAGGUUAAUGAUAAGCUUUGAAAGGAAAGUAUGUCCUAGCUUAGCCAUUCAGAAAAGAAAAAUGGAAUAUCAAAGUUACUGCUUUGGGUUUUAAUAUCUUAGAGGAAGAAAAAAUAUUAGGGAAGUAUAUUAACUUUGGAUGAAGUAAAUGUGUUGCCCUUAAUCUUUCAUUCAUGGUCUGUUAGUGAAAAGGAAGUAAAUGAGAUUCUUUUGUGUAACUUUGUAGUUUAUUUGCAUUACCAAAUAGCUGGGGUCUUGACCCCCCCACGUGUUGCAAGAGUGUGUGGUAAGCAUGAACAAAGAGAAGUAGCAGGACUGGGAUAGUCUGUGUGCUGCGGAGUGGCAGGGGAUGAUUUGUUUUAGGGGAAAUGCCCACAUUUUAACUUUCAAAAUUCUGAAUAAACUAUGUAAAAACAGUA